AUGCCCUCAAGGGCGCCGUCGGGCACUCCAGUCAGAAUACUUCGCCAACCUCAGCAAUCUCGCUCACACCACGUCUCAUCCCGUAGCCUCCUCCAGAGCGCACUCGACAUCUCUCCGAAACAAACCCAACCCGCAACAUUUCUUCUCCCCUUCCGCUCCCGUGGCCUUCACCAAGCAGCGACCCAACAAUCCGCCAGUCCAGCUCACGAUUUCCACAAUACUCAAGCUGAAAUCCCUCCCUCCAGCUAUCUCCAAACAGCUACAUCUGCAUCCUCUCCGACGUCGCACUCUGCAACAUCCAUAUCCGCACCUUCGUCGACGACGAACUCUCUCAGUCGGCCCCUAGUUCUCUCGUCGUCUCUACAAUCCCUCCUCCCUCGUCUAGCGGACCAGAAGCCACACUACGUCAUCUCGCACAUUCACAAGUUUCCCUAUAUGCUCACGGAAGGCGACGUGCUCCGCCUCCCAUUCCACAUGCACGGUGUGUCCCCAGGUGACAUCCUGCGCUUCAACCGCGCAUCCAUAUUGGGAUCGCGCGACUACACGCUCAAAGCUGGCGCUAAGAAUACCGAAUCCUACGAUGCCAAGCGAACAGGCGAGCCGCAAUAUAUCGACGAACGACUUUUCGAGUGCCGUGUACGUGUGAUGGGAUUGGAAACCAACCCGAUGAUGGAUAAGGAGAAGAAGAAGCGAAGAAAUAGGCAUCGAAAGGUCGUGCACAGCAAGCACAAGUACACUGUACUUAGGGUCAUGCAGAUCAAGGUAAAGAGUUUGGAAGAAUUGAAAUCGGAAAAGGGUAUGCUGGUUCUUGAAGGGGCAGAAGCACAAGAAGCUACUGCUUGA